AUGUUUGCUGUCAUCGAAUUCAUAUCUAACGAAAUUGCGGUUGUUCCGCUGAAAUGGGUUUACAAACGCGAAACUAAAUGUCGUUGGCCGUUGACCACUGGAAAAAAGACAUUCAACGAUUUUGUCAAAUGCAAACCACCUUCAAAAAGUUCCUGGCCAAGUUAUAAAAUAAUAAAAAUCCACUGCAAAAUUGAUAAUUUUGAUAAAGCAGAACAGGAGUUAACAGAAUUGUUAAAAGAUUGUCAAGCUGAAGCGGAAGAAACUGGUUCAAGUUCAAGAAGCUUAACCAGAAAAAGUAAUCCUCAUUAUCUAAGUGAUGAGUCUUCAGAAGACGAUUCAAUAUCUAGUUUCGAAGAUACACAGGAUACACAUUUUUUGAAUGUUUCAACAGGAAGUGCAGGAAAUGCACAAGGAAGUAAUAUUACAACCGUAGAAAUGUCUGCUAGCUCUUCAACGUUGGGUAUUUCAAAGGCUGCUUCUACCUACUCAGGAGGAGUUUCAACUUUAAAUCAAACUACUGCCUUGGAAGCGUCAACUAGUUCUUCAACCUGUUGUCUAAACGCUUCAACUAUUUUUCCAGGAGUGUCAUCUUCAAGUAAGACUCUAACUGUGGAAGCGUCAAAUAGCUCCUCAUCAACACUCGGAAUUUCAGAGGCUUCAACUGUUACAAUCUAUUCAGAGAACUUUGAAAGUACUGUACUUAGUACUCUAUCUAAGAUUGUGUCCAAUGUAGAUCAGCAUUCUAUCAUUCUUAAUGAGAUUUAUCGGAAAUGUACUACAUCAGAAAACUCUAUAACACAACCCGAGGACAUUCCUAGCUUACCUUUAAAGGAUUUAGAGGAUUUCGCCGCUUUUGAAGAUAAAUUAAAAAGUCCGGCCCUGUAUCAAUAUAUGGUGCUGAGAUUAGCUGCUGUAGGGGGUUCUGGUAUUGAGUCACAAUGCAGACGUAUAAUGCAGUAUCUCAUGACAAAUAGUCUUGCCAUGAAAUUUAAUUGGAAAGGAAAAGAAAAAAUAGCAUUUCAAAAAACCAAAACAAUGACGUUAAUAUAUGAGUCAGCAAAACGAACUUUCCCAGAGAAGGAGAAAAGUGAUUAUCUAAUAGAGAAAACGAUCAAAGAGUGGUUAAAAUAUUCGAAACAACGACUCAAGUCUAAAAAAAUACAAACGACGGAAUAG